AUCGUUGUUAAGGGUCUGUCAGAUAGAAUACGUUGUGUCCGUUGCGGCAACGUAUUGGACUGACGUGACGUACAUAAAGUAUAGACUCGCCACAACAAAUCCGUCGUUGUACAUAAGAAAACAGCUGAUUUGCAUUGGUGGUAAAAUUCAGUUUGAAAACAGACAACAUUUUCUGUUAUUUGAAAAUGGAAACCUCACAAUUAAUGAACAUUAUAUCAUUAAUCCUAAUGCUGUUCGAGGCCGGCGAAUGCUUAAAAAAAUUGUACGGGCGUAGAAGAUAUUGGGUGCGACCACUAUUGCGGAAUCGCGACACGCAUGGAUUUUUCGCCACCACAUUUUGCUUCCCAGACGAAUUCCAGAAAACCAUAAGGAUGGAGAAGAACACAUUCGAUCUCCUCCUGACUUUCGUAAAAGAGAGGUUAAGGAAGCACUCCAAUAGGCCAUCAAUUUCACCGGAAUGUCGACUUUUUAUGAACCUUGCAUAUUUAGCUCAUGGCGGAAGUAAGCAGAUAUUUUCUGCUGCCUUUAAAAUGGGAGUGUCAACUAUGAAAGGAAUAGUAUCAGAAACCUGCGAAGUGCUUUGGGAAAUACUUGGCCCAAUAUAUUUAUCAGUCCCAAAGGAAAAUGAGUGGAAGCGAAUCGCCAUUGAUUUUUACACAAUGUGGGAUUUACCCAAUUGUGUUGGGGCCAUUGAUGGCAAGCACAUCAAUUUAACUUGCCCAUCGAACUCUGGCUCCCAGUUUUACAAUUAUAAAGGGAACUACUCCAUUGUCCUUCUGGCAGCUUGUGAUGCUAAUUACACAUUUACUUCCGUGGAUAUUGGUGCGUUUGGUUCCCAAAGUGACGGUGGAGUUAUGUGGAACUCAAGAUUCGGUCAACAGUUGUAUAAGGGCCAAUUGGAUCUACCAAAAGAAGAAGUACUACCCGGUACAGAUAAAAGUUUCCCACACUAUUUCGUUGCAGAUGCCGCGUUCCCAUUAAAACCAUUUUUAAUUAGACCUUAUCCAGGAAGUAACUUGCCGCCUGAAAAGGAAAUAUUUAAUAAACGUUUGUCACGGGCCCGUAGGGUAAUAGAAAAUGCUUUUGGUAUUUUGGCGAGCCGAUGGAGGAUUUUGUUGUCAUCCCUACAAAUGAGCCCAGCAUCCGCAGAGAAAGUUAUUAAAGCCACGGUACUUCUUCACAAUUUCCUCAAAAUGCAUGAUGACAGUUAUUGUCCGCCAGAAUAUGUCGACCGAGACGACGGCACUGUAUUGAUAAAUGGUCUGUGGCGCAAAGAAGUGCCUGUCCCUUUGCAGAGAGCCAGGAGAACAGCUUCAAAUAAUGCAGCAAAAUGCGCAUUCAAAUUAAGGGAUGAACUCAUGAGCUAUGUCGUUUCACAUCCAAUUCGGCAAUUUUCCCGGCAGUAACUUCAUAUUUGUUUAAUAAUACUGAUGAAAGCAUGUAUCAAACAUUUAAUAUUUCUUUUCAUAUUUUAUUAUACUAAAAAAUAAAUCAUUUCAUUAUACUAAAAACUAA